AGCUAAAUGCUCGCUGGCGCCUUUCGCUCGCAGUGGAAGCGACGAGCGCGGUUCAAUGUUUCUCCAAGGAGCGCAGCACUCAGAGCUUCUCCACCGGCCGAGACGCACCGAUUUUGCCUGAGCUGAGCGCUUUUCCCCGGGAGCAAGGAGGCGUCGGAGGGCACCCGUAGCACCAGCCAGCCCCCGAGACGAUGAUCAGCACGGCGGAGUGCGCGGUGGACGCGCAGAGCCUCAUCUCCAUCUCGCUGCGGAAGAUCCACAACUCGCGGACGCAGCGCGGUGGCAUCAAGCUGCACAAGAACCUGCUGGUGUCGUACGUGCUGAGGAACGCGCGGCAGGUCUACAUGAACGAGAAGUACGCCGAGAUCUACAGGAUGCAGCAGUACGAGGAGGUGAUGACCGUAUGCAACGAGAUCCAGGAGCUCGACCCGCUCGACGUGGUGGCCGGCGGCGCAGCCGCGGACGAGUGCGAGGACGCGGGAGUCGCCGAGCAGCAGCAGUGCUGCGCGGGCGGCAUGGCCGGCGGGCAGGCGAGCCUGUGCGGAGCGCAGCCGUGCUCGUUACCCUCCGCGCCCGAGGAGGCGUGCAAAACCUCCGAGACGCUGUUCUACCGGAGCUGCUGCGCGGAGCCCUACCCGCCGCCUCCCCCGUCGCCGUGCGACUUCUCCCCGGCGCACUGCAAUAAGACCACCGUGCUGGACCUGGACACUCACGUAGUCACCACGGUGGAGAACGGCUGCCUGCACCAGGACUGCUGCUGUACGCCGCUGCAGCCGUGCAGCAGCCCGUCGUCCAAAAAGCGCAAAGUGUCGGACUACAGCGGCUGCGGCUACUACGCGCCCGAGCUGGAGGACGUCUCGGUGGAUCCCGCGCCGUGCAAGCGAGCCAAGCUGGAGGACUGCUGCUCGGACUGUUUAGUAGACUUAGACACGGCGAACAUCUCCAACCUGAUCUCCAUAUUCGGCUCGGGCUUCUCGGGACUCGUGAGCAGACAGGCGGACUUUGAGCAGGCGUUUAACGGACAGUUCUGCAGCAAGCAGGCGCUGGCGAGUUUAGGCGCCUGGACAAGAGCCAUCGUAGCUUUUUGACCCCGCGUGUGGUGGUGAAUGAACUGAAAGAUAGAGAGAGAGAGAAGACAAGCAUGGACUCGAGAAACAAACGCUUUAUGAAAUUGUACAAAAGUCUAAAGACACAAAUCGACUUUAUUUUUGCAGCGAGAUGUUAUUUAAACGUGUGUUUUUUCUUUCUUUUCUUUUCUGAAGUUACGUUAGUUUCGUUUCAAUGAUGGGGAGAGAGGGAGGAGUAGCUAGUUAGCUAGCUAACUACUAGCCCAAGUUAGUUAGCUAACUAGUUAGCUAGCUAACUAACCGCUAGCUAGGUUAAUUAGUUAUCUAGCUACCCAUGUUACCUAGCAACCACUCGGGUUGGGACGUGUCCUAUUUUAAAAACAAAUGGUUAAACUUUACAGAAAUAGCUUAACAAAUCCUAACGAAGUUGAAUUUCGUUGCCUUAAAGCCCCCUCACAGAAGACCAGAGCGAACUGCUAGCUAGCGCUAGCUCUCAAUAUCAUGAAAACAGCCUGAAUGUGCUUUGCUAGCGGAUUGUUUAUUUCUGCUUUCCCUCUUUUCCCUGCUUUUUUCGGUUGAUCUUCUCACAAGAAACUUCUCUCAACGAUGUCUUGUAAAGUAAAUUGCUUACAUUACCCAUUGUAAUGUUUGAAACAAUCCAAGUAACUACGUCCUCCUCAGUCAGUAGUUCAAUAAUACGUUUAGGGUGGUGUGUAAGUUAGGUUAAGAUACUACUACUUUCACUAGGCUAACCAGACUGAUGUUAGUUUAGUUAGGUUAGCUAGCCUAGUUUCUGAACAGGCUUCACAGCAGCUCCAGCAGAGGACUGGCAUAUAUCCCUGACUACAUCUCUUAACCUAGCUAAUAAUAUCAAACAGCAAGGCAAUCGAUCGAGUAGGCUAAUGAAGGUGCAAUAUUUUCUGUCCGCUUUCUGUUUCUUGUCUCCUCUGUAUUUUUUCUAAAGUGGCCUGGUGCGUUUUGUUGACUGCACUGACUUUUUAUUUACAGCACCAGUUUCCUCCCCACUUGUGUUUGUAGUCCACCUAUGCCAGUCACCUCAUCCCACUGAACGCCGGGGGCCAUCAAUUAACACUACAACUCCCAGAAUGCACGAGUAACGACGACGCAAUUUAAUCAGCCAGGUGUUUGUUUUUGGGUUAAUUAUUGUUAUUUUUGUUUUAUUUUUUCGUUGUUGACUGUUUGGUCUCCAUCCAGAGCGUCAACAUCACUUCCCUCCCUUUUCCUCUUUAAAAACAACAAAAAAAGUUGAUUAAGCCUUCACAGUAAUUCAUGAUGCCAGCAUUUGCUUGGUUUUGUGGGUUUGAUUUUAUUUUCUACGAAUGUUAGACCUUUUGUUCUAAAAAGGCAAUCUCAUAAGUUAGCCAUAAGUCCUCACAUUAUAUAAGCACUAUGUGUACUGAAUUAAAGACGUUUUCAGACGUACUCUCCAUAUUUUGUUGGUAUUCUUGUAUUUUUGUGCAUAUUAAAUUGUAUAUCACCGGGUAAAACUGUUUUAGAAAGUAUUUGUUUAAAAUUUAUAACCUUAAUAAAAAAUCAAAUUCA